UGUAAAUUUACAACCACCAAACGUAUAAGUUACCUACGGGCACGCGUAAUCGCAACGACUAGGUCAACGACUCCAUGCACGAUGGAAACGCGUUCGGAUGAAGCCAGAGUAUUGGUUAUAUACACGGGCGGAACCAUCGGAAUGCUUGUCAGCUCACGAGGUUACGUUCCAGAGCCUUAUUUCCUCACCGAUACCCUCCGGAGCCAAAAACGCUUCCAUGAUCCUUUGCAAGACUCCCUCUUCUCCAACGCUGCAUCCGUAGAAGGUUAUAGAGAGUGGAGCAAUAGCGGAAAGUCUACUCCAGUCAGCACAGAUAACGUCACGACUCCGAGUGCAUCAAAUCAGCCCACCCUUCUCGUCAAGUCCUCCCGCCCGAUUGGUAACACGGUUACCCUUUCUCCCUCUAUAUUUUCGCAGAUUCAGAGAGUGAAUGAGCAACCAGAAUGUCGAAAUGUCGCUGAUGGUGUCUAUGAGACACGUCUGCCAAGUCUUGUGACUCCCCGAAGUGUCGUUCCCGGAAACGGUCAUACGAAACGCAUACGCUAUGCAAUUCUUGAGUGGAAUCCACUGCUUGAUAGUAGCAACAUGGAAAUGGACGAUUGGAUCCGCAUAGCCGCCGAGAUCGAGCUAAACUACACUUCUUUCGAUGCAUUCGUAGUAUUACAUGGUACCGAUACCAUGUCAUACACUUCCAGCGCACUUAGCUUCCUGCUCGAGGAUCUCGGUAAAACUGUUAUCCUCACCGGAGCUCAAAUACCUCUCUCACAACUUCGGAACGACGCUGUCGACAAUCUUCUUGGCGCACUGUCUAUUGCAGGCAACUAUAUCAUACCAGAAUGCAGCUUAUAUUUCAAUCACACCUUGUACCGCGGUAAUAGAGUAUCAAAGGCCUCUUCCUACGACCUCAAUGCCUUUCAUAGCCCUAAUUUUUCCCCACUUGUGAACGUUGGAAUAGAUAUAGUUGUUAACUGGAAUGACGUCCUACGUCAGACAAGCCUUCGAAGAUUCAGAGCUUACAAAGGAAAGCAAAUGAGUCCUCACGUCGCAACUCUCCGUCUUUUCCCAGGCAUGACAGGCGCCACUGCUCGCGCAUUCCUUGCACCGCCGACACGGGGUAUUGUUCUAGAGACAUUCGGUGCUGGAAAUGCUUCCCAACGUCCAGAUGUCCUGGCUGCAUUCAAGGACGCAUGUGAUAGAGGCGUCGUCAUCGUUGCCAUCUCUCAAUGUAUCAAAGGGUCUGUAUCAGGUGAUUACGAAACAGGACAAACACUUAUUCAAGCCGGUGUCGUUCCCGGCGGGGACAUGACUCCCGAGUGUGCUCUUACCAAGCUUAGCUACCUUCUAGCAAAACCCGAACUUACCGCAGCCGAAGUUCGCUCACUUAUAAGUCUUCCUUUAAGAGGCGAACUCACGCCACCGGUGCCAUCUCUGGCUGCGGCGCCGUCAUUAGACGGUGUGAACAUAGACCUGUCUGGACUGCUUUCUCAAUUUGUUCGUCUCUCUUCAUCUGCACCGAAGGCAGAUAUCCCUCAGAUUGUGAUCGGAGAAGAAGCGCAGGACGCUGCAGCUCCGUGGAGCCGUACUGCCGCAGAGCGCGCGAGUACAGAAGCUGCGCUCUUACCGUUUCUCGUGCAUCUUACUGUUGCGCGGGAUGACGUCGAGGGACUUGAGUUCUGCAUUACUUCAGCAGCCACAGCCUCGUGUUCCGGUAUGACUGAGGGAACGGCAGAAGUUGUCGUACCAGGAGGUAUCGUAAAUUGUCUGGAUGCGGGGAGUGGACGGAGUCCUUUACAUGUCGCGGCAUUAAACGGGAAUAUGAGGUGUGUCGAGAAAUUACUAGAGAGCGGUGCGUUAGUGCAUCUCAGGGACGAAUUGGGACACACUGCCUUAUAUUAUGCUGCACGUCAGGGUCAUGAUCUCAUUGUCGAUACACUUGUGAGCGCAGGUGCGAAUCUUGGGGGGAUGGAGAACGAGGCGGGUUAUGUGGGACUUGCAGUGCAGAAUGCGGUCAAUGCUGGAGAUGACGCAGUGGUAGAAAUUUGGAGACGGGCUGGCGCGAAAAUUAUAGAUUAGUUUUUAGUCGAGAAAUUUUCUUUACAACCCUGUGACGUUUCGUUCGUUUCGUUAGUGUUAUGUACAUGGUUUAGUCGUCUGUAGACGUGUUGGAGAAACUGAUUCUGAUGAUACCGCGGCCAGGAUUGCAUCUGCGGAUCCGGUC